AUGAGUUCAUCCAGAGAAAUAAUUAAGGAAAAUCAUAAUCAUAAUAUUGAUGAUAAUACGGAUUCGAUUAAAGAUGAACAAGUUCGAAGAGAUAUUCGAGUUUUAUCAGCAAGAUUGACUGAUUUGAAAGAAAGAUUUAUGAAUAUUGUACAGAAAAUCAAUGAAGAUGCAGUCGGAUAUGUUGAUCAGAUAUCCGAUGAAGCGCUGAAGGAUCAAAUGAUGAAACGACUGUCAAUCAGGAAGAUAAUGGUAUGGUGUAUUGAAAAGAACUCAAAUGAAGCAUCGAAUACUGAUGAUGAUAGUGAAGAAGAUCAGACUAACAAGUCUCCGAUGCGCAUACGAAUGUCGCAAUUGAUGAUCGAAUCUAUUAUUGAUCGACAAGCUCGUCACAACGGAUAUCUUCAGCAUCUGCCUCAAUAUCCGAAAAUAAUGCAAUACUUAGUCAGUAAUAAACCAAGUCGUACAAAAAUUUCUCUUCGUCAUAUUGAUCCAUUUAUCAAAGAACAUGUCGACGAGAAUCCCAACGAGAAAAUCUAUGAAAAAAUUAGCAAGGAAAUUCAAGUCAUUCGUCGAAAAUAUCUCAAAAAUCGAAAAUGA